AUGCUUUUCUCUUUCUUUUGAGGGUUAAUCAUGGUAAAAAUCUUUUUCAAUUUUUAUUCCCUUUACUUGCUUUGAAAAAAUAUUUUUGAAGAAUGGGAUAUUAACUGCUAUGGAAGAUUCCAGCAAAACAGGCUGUUAUUGUUUUUCCCAAAAAGAGGACAAAAGUGGUUAUUUGCGAGAGGGAUGUGUGAGAAAUUGUCUCGGAAGGGGAGGGAAAUUCAGGGAGUUUACGUCCCUCUCGCUUCAGUUCAGAGUCGGAAGCCACACGUUGGAGAGCAAGCAUCUGUGACUACCACCAUGACCACGAGUGAAUCCACUUCCAUCUUUUCUCCAUCUCGCCCGUUAUCUCGGACACUGACAGUCACGGACGAUAAGGUUUUACGGACCAGUGUAGAGUAUGACGGGGAAAUCAUCAUCUAUUUCGGAAGCCGCACUCAACCCCACAGAGGUGUUUUCAUGCUUCAAGGGACAUGGGAUGAAAUGGAAGAAAUUAUCAAGUCUCUUGCUUUUAUGAGACUGACUGAUCCGUGCAGAUUGGAGGGGACAGACAUUUACUUACAAGAGAAGGUCUACCAGAAUCAAAUGGUGUUGGACAUUAGAAAACGGAGGCAUGGAAAAGACGCCAAUUAUCAUAUCCUCCAUCACACUCAUCAGGGUGUGACGCUCCAGAUGUCGACAAUUCGAAGGAAUCUCAUAGCACUUCUUCCAAAAAUGCGGGACGUCAUCAAGGAACUUUUGAAUGCUUCCAUAACUUUGAAUACCGUGAAGGAUGUGCUAUUACGAAUGGUUACUGAUGACAGAACAAGGUCUUGGUGCGAUGGAUGUGAAAUCGACGACCCGUCUCAGUUUCAUCAUGAAUGUCUCACGUUGCUUCCAUAA